AUGUCACGGUUUGCUGACCACCGCUGUCGCACGGCUUCCUUGCAAUUGUUAGGUAAGGCUUGGUUCCCCUUUCCUAGCUUCCACUUCCAUAUCGUCUUGGCCUUCCGCAGGAGUGUUAUGGGAGUGUGCUUACCGACACCUAGGAUGCUUUGGGCGAAUGGCGUAGCCGUCGAACUGUGGGCGGCUGCUGUUCUAGUAAUUGUGGUGUCAUACUCUCUUUCGUUACGAACAUUGAAGCAUCGCGAGGCUGUUGUGGUAUGA